AUGCGUCUUCUGCUUGUUGUGCUUGUCGGCUAUGUUGCCGCAACAAAUAACACGACAUCUAUAAAUAAACGGGCAAUCGAUGGUGGUAUACAUACGAUCAAGAAGAGUGAGGUAAUAGAGGGGAGCGGUGAUGAAUCUGCAUUGAAACAUUCCGUAUCAUCACCGGACACGGAGAUUCAUGGUUCCGGUUACGGUAGUGACGACGAGGAUGGCGAGUCGGUUCACGGUUCCGGAACGUCCAUGGUCGAUGUCAUCGAAGGCUCAGGUGCAGUACCAUCGAUGAUUCAACAACGACCACAGGUCACCACUACGACCACUACCACCCAUAUGCCACCUGUUCAUUCACAUUCGGAUACGGAACAUGUGAGUGUAAUUACGAUGUAUUCCGCUGUAUUUUUCUCAAUCAUCGUAAUUUCUCGUACGUGCCAUCAUCAUUCGUUUCGCUGUGCGAAAAGUGCCGUGUCGUAUCGGCUAAACAGCGUAAUGUGA